AUGCCUUUGAAAAAGUCAAAGGUGCCACCCAGGGCAAUGUUCUCUCUGUUACCUGCACAGCGGAGUUACCCAAACCCAGCAUCACAAGCAACAACUCCAACCCCGAGGAGCACAAGGACCCUGUCCUGUUAAUGUGUGAACCUGAGACUCAGGACACCACCUACCUGUGGCUGAUCAACAGUCAGAGCCUCCAGGACAGCACCAGGCUGGAGCUGUCCAAGGACAACAGGACUCUCACUUUGCUCCAUGUCACGAGGACUGACACAGGACCCUAUGAGUGUGAAACCCGGAACCCAGUGAGUGCUGGCCGCAGUGACCCCUUCACCCUGAAUGUUCUCUAUGGCCCAGAUGCCCCCCUCUUUCCCCCCUCAGACUCCCAUUACCCACCAGGAGAAAACCUCAGACUCUCCUGCCAUGCAGCCUCUAACCCACCUGCACAGUAUUCUUGGCUUAUCAAUGGGAGACCCCAGCAGCCCACACAGGAGCUCUUUAUCCCCAGCAUCACUGCAAAUGACAGUGGAUCCUAUACCUGCCUCGCCCAUAACUCUGUCACUGGCCUCAAUAGGACCACAGUCAGGACCAUCACAGUGACUGGUAAGUCAGAAAAUGACUACAUGGGCUACUCUGCAGGGACCAUUGCUGGCAUCGUGAUUGGGGUCCUCUUCGUGGUGGCUCUGGGGACCUCCCUGGGGUGUUUCCUGUACCACAGGAGGACUGGGAGGACCAGUGACCCACGAGGCCUCACAGAGCACCGACCCCCAGCAUCCACCCCAGGCCAGGGUCCCUCUGGAGCCUCCACCUCCCUGGGCCCCCUCCCCGGCCCCAGGACAGCUGGCCCCAUCUAUGAGGACUUGCUGCACCCGAGCACAGACGUGUACUGCCGCAUCAGCCCCAGAGCCGACAGGGCCUCCUAG